AUGAGUUCUAAACUCAUUACUGUUGAUUUUGAAGUGUUUGGAAGAGUGCAAGGUGUAUUUUUCAGAAAGUAUACUCAACAAGAAGCAAGUCGCCUUGGACUUAAAGGAUGGUGUAUGAAUACUCACAUUGAUACUGUGAAAGGAGUCUUAGAAGGAAAUCCUAUGAAGGUGGAUCAAAUGAAGAGUUGGCUUCAAAAUACUGGAAGUCCAGCCUCUAAGAUUGAAAAGGUCAUUUUUACAAAUGAAAAUGAGAUUGAGAGACACACAUACAAAGAUUUCAAAGUCAAAAGAUGA